ACUAUAUUCAACACCAAACUUCAAUCAUGCGGAUAGAAGAACUUGUGGUCGAAGGUUUCAAAUCAUAUCCAGUUCGAACUCAGAUUACGGGUUGGGAUCCAUCAUUCAAUGCAAUCACUGGCCUCAAUGGAUCCGGCAAGUCCAACAUACUUGACGCAAUAUGCUUUGUGCUUGGUAUCACCAAUAUGUCUCAGAUGCGCGCUCAAAACCAACAAGAUCUUAUUUACAAGAGAGGCCAGGCUGGCGUUACCAAGGCAAGCGUAACAAUCGUCUUUGACAACUCAGAUAGAGAGAAGAGUCCAGUCGGAUUCGAGAACUUGAAGCAGAUCACAGUCACGCGUCAAAUAGCACUUCCAAACAUAUCAAAGUACCUUUUAAAUGGUCACAAAUCGCAGCAGAACAAUAUUCAGACUUUGUUCCAGAGUGUACAGCUGAAUAUCAAUAAUCCCAAUUUCCUCAUCAUGCAAGGCCGCAUCACCAAGGUCCUUAACAUGCGUCCACAAGAAAUCCUUGGCAUGGUGGAAGAAGCGGCAGGUACUCGCAUGUUCGAAGAUCGAAAGGACAAGGCCAAGAAGACAAUGUCGAAGAAGGAAAAGCGCGUGCAGGAGAUAACGUCUCUCCUUGAGGAGGAGAUCACACCCAAGCUAGAUAAACUCCGGGAAGAGAAACGUCAAUUUAUUGCGUUUCAGAAGACCCGGACAGAACUGGAGAAGAUUGGCAGGAAACUGCGCGCUUGGGAAUGGACAGGCGCCAAUAAGAGGGUAGAGAAGGCGCAAGAUGAUAUCGAGAACAAGAAAGCAGAGAUGGAAACGACAGAGAAGCGGAAAAAGAAGCUUAUCAAGGAGAUGAAGGCAGCCGAGAAGGAAGUGCAGGAGGUCAACGCGAAACGGGAAGCAGAGCGGAAGAAAGGUGGUAGGUUCAAGAAGAUGGAGGAGGAAGUAGCGCUCUUGGAAAAGGAACUGGUGAAAAUUCGAACCCAAGUCGAUCUCGCGAACGGCAAUAUCACCGACGAAAAUAAAAGCGUUGCCAGUGCCGAGGCAGAGCUACAAGAGCUCCUUAAAUCUCUCGAAGAAAAGCGUACCCAGGCCCAAGAACUCGAGUCGUCUUAUAUGUCCGUUAAAGCGAAGCACAACGAUACGCAAGGAUCGCUCUCGAAAUCAGAGGAGCUGCUACAGACGCUGCUCACUGGUCUCUCAUCAAGCAACACCGGAAACUCUGGAGGUGGCUACAUGGGUCAGCUUGCAGACGCAAAAGCCCGCAUGGCCCAAGGGUCGGCUGAGGAAGAGCAGAAUCGCGUAAAACUCAACAUGAGUGAGAAGGAGCUAAAGUUAUUGGAGGCAAAGUGGAGGGACGUAGAGAAAGAAGCGGGUCAAGGGAAGCGUAAUAUGGAAAACAUGCGGAUGGAAGCCGAGAAACUCAAACGCAAAGUUGCUGACUGUGGUUGGAGCGCCGAACGAGAGCAAGAAAGCCAAGUCUCUCUAGCGACAGCGAAAGGACAGGUCCGGCAGUUUACCGAGGCGCGCGAUGCAGUUAAACAACGCCUAUCGUCAUUGAAUUUUGAUUACUCGACGCCACACCCGAAUUUCGACCGCACCAAGGUGAAGGGGUUGGUCGCUAACCUGACCUCGAUCCCUCCCCAGCACCAGAACAAAUCUCAGGCGCUAGAAAUCGUUGCCGGCGGCAAGCUUUACAACGUCGUCGUUGAAGAUGAGAAAAUUGGCAAGGACCUACUCCAGAACGGAAAGCUGAAGAAGCGCGUCACCAUCAUUCCACUGAAUAAAAUAAAUUCAUUCGUCUUAAAUGCUCAGAGAUUAGCGCAGGUGGAUCAGCUUGCACCGGGUAAAGCCAACCUGGCACUAUCGCUCAUCGGCUACCCAGAGGAAGUGGCCCGUGCCAUGGCGUUCGUCUUCGGAGACACCAUUGUUUGCGAGGACGCUGAAGCUGCCAAUGCUGUCACAUUCGGUGCAAAGGUUAGGUCUGUCACUUUGAACGGUGACGUGUACGACCCUUCUGGUACGCUUAGUGGAGGAGCAGCUCCAAGCGGAAGCGGCACACUACUAAGGGUGCAGGAACUCCUCGAGGCAGAGCGCAAGCUGGGAGAGGCACAGUCUCGUUUGAGUGAGCUUGAAAGAGCAGAAGCGGCCAAUCGAGAGAAGAAAGAAACAUGGAGAAAAUUCACUCGCGAACUCGACAUCAAGUUGCACGAAGUCAGUCUUUUGGAGCAGCAAGCAGAAGGGAGCAACGCUGUAAGGCUCGGUGCUGAGGUAGAAGAGCUGAAGAAGACGAUUGAUGCUUUAAAAUUGGCUGUCCAGGCAGCCAAGGAUAAACAAAAGGCCGCCAAGGAGGAGUGCAGUAAGCUCGAAAAGGACAUGGACGAGUUCAAAAACAACAAGGAAGGCAAGAUCAAUGAAUUGAAAGCCGAUAUUAGCAAGCAGAAGGCAGCUCUUCAGAAACAAGCUGUUGUGGUAAAGACGCAGCACAAGGAACAUCAAACCGUCGUACUCGAGCUUGAACAAAUGGAAAAGGAUAUCAAGGAGGCCCAGGACAGCAUCAAAGAUGCUCACGCCCAGAUCGCCAAGCUUCACAAGGACAUGGCAGCGCUCAAUACUAAGCUUGCCAAGCAUGAGGCAGACCACGCAAGAGCAGAGCACAAGCUUCAGGAGGAACGGGCAACACUGACUCAAUUUGAUAACGAGCUCAAAGACCUGGAGAAUGCUAUUCGCGAUCAGAAGAAGGGGGUAUCCGACACAGAAAUCGAGCUGAAAAAGCUGGAACACGAUGUUGUCGCACUCGAAAAGGAUAAAGUCACGCAGGCCAAAUUUGUGACCGACUUGGAGAAGCAGCAUGAAUGGAUUCGGGAUGAAUAUCAGUCUUUUGGCAAACCUGGCUCACAGUAUGAGUUUGAUCAAGAUAUGCCUUCGUUGCGAGCUAAAGCAGACGAGCUUGAAGAGAAGCAAAAGGGGAUGAAAAAGAAGGUCAACCCGAAGGUCAUGAACAUGAUUGACACCGUCGAAAAGAAGGAAUCAGACCUCAAGAAGAUGUUGUCCACAGUUCUGAAGGACAAAGAAAAGAUCGAAGACACCAUAGAGGAGUUGGACCGAUAUAAGCGUGAUGCCCUCCAGAAGACAUGGGAGAAAGUGAACGGCGAUUUUGGUGGUAUCUUUGCCGAACUGCUACCUGGCAACUUCGCCAAACUUCAGCCUCCAGAAGGUCAAGACUUAGUGCAGGGACUUGAGGUGAAAGUACAACUGGGGACUGUUUGGAAACAAAGUCUAACGGAACUGAGUGGUGGCCAACGCUCCUUGAUUGCACUUUCUCUCAUUAUGGCCCUUCUCCAAUUCAAGCCAGCGCCCAUGUACAUUCUUGAUGAAAUUGAUGCCGCUCUCGACCUCUCCCAUACCCAACACAUUGGCCACCUAUUCCGAACUCGUUUCAAGGGCUCUCAAUUUAUAGUCGUUUCACUGAAGGAGGGCCUGUUCACAAAUGCAAACGUACUGUUCCGAACACGGUUCCGUGAUGGCACGUCAGUAGUCGAGCGGACGGCGAAUAGGUCAACUUCAUCACUGUACACAUAAUAUAAUCCUGUAUGAUUACUGUGCGAUCAUUGUCACCGCCAUGGCCACGCAUGCUAAUGCGACAUAUGGGGAGAGGCGCUCUCCU